GUAUCCACCAUAUCAUGGGAAAAAGUUUUAGCGUGUUCUUUCUUGGUGCUGUCACCACGUCAACGUAAAAAUUAAUUCUUUAAUUUUUGUAAUUAUUCUUGCUUUGUAAUUCCAUUCUUGUGUGCAAUCACAAAGUUAUUAAUAGAAGUUGAACGGUGACGCUGCAAAAAUGUUUAUCUGGGAUUGGUUUACUGGAGUUCUAGGAUAUCUCGGUUUGUGGAAGAAAUCUGGAAAACUCCUCUUCCUGGGCUUAGAUAAUGCCGGUAAAACAACACUGCUGCACAUGCUGAAAGAUGACAGACUCGCACAGCACGUCCCAACGUUGCAUCCCACAUCGGAGGAACUUUCAAUAGGAAAUAUGCGCUUCACGACAUUCGAUCUCGGCGGCCACACUCAGGCACGUCGUGUGUGGAAGGAUUACUUUCCGGCUGUGGAUGCAAUUGUAUUUCUAGUUGAUGCCUGGGAUAGGGGUCGUUUCCCCGAAAGUAAAAUCGAAUUGGAUUCCCUUCUCACCGAUGAGGCCCUCUCCAACUGCCCCGUGCUCAUUUUGGGCAAUAAAAUUGACAAGCCAGGUGCCGCAAGUGAGGAUGAAUUGCGGAAUUUCUUCCAGUUGUAUCAAUUAACCACGGGAAAGGGUAAGGUUCCACGAUCAGAUCUACCUGGCCGUCCCCUGGAGCUCUUCAUGUGCUCCGUCCUCAAGCGACAAGGCUACGGAGAGGGCUUUCGUUGGCUAGCUCAAUACAUUGACUAAGUUGUCCCUGUGUGUGUGCUUCUUAUGUUUUUUUUUUCUUUCCAACUUACCAACGGGGUUGACAAAAAAAAUCACCGAAGAAUGCGCGCGAUGAGAAUCCGUAAACAGUGAAAAAAAAAUUGCAAACAAAAAACCCAAAAUGAGCAACAAGACCGCGAUUAAAUAUUCUUCGUUUGAAUAUUUAGUUUUUUCUUUCUGAGUUGUUUCAUCUCAACAAAAAAAAACAACAUUAUUACCAAUUGCAGGACACAAUUUUGUCAUUAUAUUGUAAAUUAAACAAAAAGGCAGUAAAAUUAAAGAAAUAAAAUUAGUUUCUAUUUAGGUUUCUAAUGGUAAAUUGAAAGAAAAUCAACUUCAGUGGGGGAAUCGAUGAUGAUGAAGAAAAAUAAAUUUAUAAAGUCGGAAUGAUACUCAAAAAA